AAACAGCCGAAAGCAGUCGACGCGACGAAGCAGUCGACGCCGAAUGCCGAUAAUUUUUUUUCCUGUUGUCAAAACUGUUUCUAGUAAGCCUUAUGCUGCCGCUGUUGUUUGAGAAGUCUGUAACGAUGUUAUGACGUGUUAGACGAAUCGUCAGCAGCGUCUUAAUGAACUCUGGCACUGAUUCCACGACUUCAACCCUUCCACAUAAUUUGUAAAUUUUGUAAAAAGAAGACUAACUUUUUUGGACUAUGGCGUGUUUAUCGUGUUUGAUGGAUCCACUAUGGAUUGCCAUCAAGGUGCUGACCAUCUUGGUUGUCUUGUCACUGGCGGUGUUGAGCGUCGUUCUUCCAAUUAUGAUUGUAACUUCACGAAAGCACUUCAGAAAGAAACGUGAAAUGGAGAGCAAUCCUGAAAAGCCUCUGAGUGUAGCAUUUUUCCAUCCGUAUUGUAAUACUGGAGCUGGAGGGGAAAGAGUCCUUUGGUGUGCAGUUGCUUCCCUACAGACAAGGUAUCCUGGUACCAAAGUUGUCGUUUACACUGGAGAUUUAGAAGCGUCCCCUGACGAAAUUGUUAAUCGGGUCCGUCAGCGACUCAAUAUUGACCUACCAGAACCAGUCGAGUUUAUUUACCUGCAUCAGCGUGGUUGGGUGGAAGCCGCUAAGUAUCCUACAUUCACCCUUCUAGGGCAGAGCUUGGGAUCUUUAAUAUUAGGCAUGGAAGCUCUGAAUGCAUUUUUACCAGAUGUUUACCUGGACACAAUGGGUUAUGCUUUCACACUUCCUCUAUUUCGAUACAUUGGGGGGUGUCGCGUUGGAUGUUACACUCACUACCCUACAAUAUCUACAGAUAUGCUGAGGCGUGUUUCAAGUCGCACUGCUCAGUAUAACAAUAGUCAUUAUGUUGCACGCAGUCCUUUCCUUACCGGGGGCAAAAUUAUCUACUACAAAAUGUUUGCAUGGAUCUAUGGGGUCAUGGGACGUUGUGCAGAGAUUGUUAUGGUUAACUCCAGCUGGACAGAAGAACAUAUAAAUGACAUUUGGAAUAUACCUUUAAGAACGCAUCGUGUUUAUCCGCCAUGUGACACAGAGGAGCUGAAGAAAAUUCCCAUCACUGAUGAUGAAGACUUCUUGAGAGGCUUGCCCACAGGUGAAAAGGGGAAGAAACUUAUAAAGAUAGUUUCAGUUGGACAAUUCAGGCCAGAAAAGGAUCACCCACUGCAACUACGCUCUAUGUAUCAGCUACGUCAAUGGCUGCCUGAGGAGUUGUGGGAUAGGAUAUGUUUAGUUUUUGUUGGGUCCUGUAGAGGAGCGGCUGAUGAGGCUCGUGUGAAGGAUAUGAAAGAUUUAUGCAGACAUCUGUCCCUUGAAAACAAUGUGCAAUUCCGCGUCAAUGUUCCCUAUGAUGAGUUGAAAAAGGAGUUGCAAGAGGGAACUAUUGGACUUCAUGCUAUGUGGAAUGAGCAUUUUGGAAUAGGUGUAGUGGAGUGUAUGGCAGCUGGUCUUAUCAUGGUGGCUCAUCGCUCUGGUGGGCCUCAAAUGGAUAUUAUUAUUGAGGAAGAAGGAAGUCGCAAUGGGUUUUUGGCUGCUGAUGAAAAUGAAUUUGCAGUUGCCAUCGUGAAAAUUUUAAAAAUGUCUCCUAAAGAGCGCCGCACAAUAAGGGAAGCUGCUAGGUCUUCUGUGGAUCGAUUCUCUGUUCGAGAAUUUGAGAAAGGGUUCCUCAGGUCCACUGCUCCUUUCUUAAUUAAACCACAUCAUAAAGAUUCCUAACAAGAAAUUUGUACCAGUGUUUCUUCCAGCUGCUGAUUUUUUGUGUGUGAAUUUAUUGUGUAACUUUGUCACCCUCCUCAAUUUUUUUUUACCAUUGCACAAAUUUUUAGAAAAAGAAUGUACUAGGUGUAUUUGAAAUCUCAUUAGGUACUGAUUUUCUCUCAAUCUAAUGUCGUUUCCCUGCUGUAGUGUUUCUUAUCUGCACCAUGAACUACAGUAUUCUAGAACCCAUUCAAACAAUUUACUAUUUGUUUGCCGGAAGCUAGAGCAAUUCUGUUUCUAAAUAAAUUUAGAAUAUGAUAAUGCUUUGAGUUUAUGUUCCAGACUUGAGCCCUUGCAAGGAUUGUAAUGAUAAAAGUCAGUUGUAACAAAACUAAGUAUUUAUUUUAUAGUCCAAAAUGUGUAUUGGCCCACCAAUCAAAAUGAGUAAACCAACCAGUUGGCAUGUUUUAUCACAAUCAUAAAUCAUUUAAGGACAUAAUUCUCACUAUGUAUUUUGUGUAGACUCUGUUCAAAUAUAAACAAAAAACAUCUUGCUAGAAAAAAAAAUUGUUGACUGAGAAAGCAGCCUCUAAUAAAAUAAACAAGAUAAAAACCCAACAUACUGGGUUGUCAGGUCAUAAUGCCUUAUAACAAAUACGGUAAAAUAUUUAUAAAUGUAUAUAUGUGUGUGUACAUAGUUUGUAAGUAUAUCAUUUCCCCUCCAAA